AUGGUGCAGAAGUAUCAGUCUCCUGUCCGCAUCUACAAGUACCCAUUUGAGCUGGUCAUGGCGGCCUAUGAGAAGCGCUUCCCCACCUGCCCGCAGAUCCCCGUCUUCCUGGGCAGUGAGGUCCUGCGCGAGUCCCGCAGCCCCGACGGGGCGGUGCACGUGGUGGAGCGGAGCUGCAGGCUGCGCGUGGAGGCCCCACGGCUGCUGCGGAAGAUUGCGGGUGUUGAGCACGUGGUCUUCGUGCAGAGAAACGUGUUGAACUGGAGGGAGAGGACCCUCCUCAUCGAAGCCCGCAACGAGACCUUCGCCAGCCGUGUGGUGGUCAAUGAAAGCUGCAGCUACACCGUCCACCCUGAGAAUGAAGAGUGGACUUGCUUUGAGCAAUGUGCCUCGCUCGACAUCCGGUCCUUCUUUGGCUUCGAAAAUGCCCUGGAGAAGAUCGCCAUGAAACAGUACACAGCCAACGUCAAGAGGGGGAAGGAGGUGAUUGAGCAUUACCUGAACGAGCUCAUCUCCCAGGGCACCUCUCACAUUCCCCGGUGGACGCCUGCCCCCGUCCGAGAGGAGGACGCCCGCUCUCAGGCUGGCCCGAGGGAUCCUGGCUCCCUGGAGGCUGACAGGUCCGGCAGCGCCCCAGGCCCUGCUCCUGAGACAGUUCUUACAGACGAGGACAAGCUGGAUGCAGACUACAUUGAGAGGUACGUGGGCCAUCUCACGCCCGUCCAGGAGAGCUGCCUGAUCCAGCUUCGGCACUGGCUGCAGGAGACCCACAAAGGCAAGAUUCCCAAAGAUGAGCACAUUCUCCGGUUCCUGCGGGCUCGUGACUUCCACCUGGACAAGGCCCGGGAGAUGCUGUGCCAGUCCUUGAGCUGGAGAAAGCAGCACCAGGUGGAUCUCCUCCUUCAGACCUGGCAACCCCCUGCCCUCCUGGAGGAAUUCUAUGCGGGGGGCUGGCAUUACCAGGACAGAGACGGCCGCCCCCUCUAUAUUCUGCGCCUGGGCCACAUGGACACCAAAGGCUUGAUGAAGGCCGUGGGGGAAGAGGCGCUGCUGAAGCAUGUUCUUUCCGUCAAUGAGGAAGGACAGAAGAGAUGUGAAGGGAACACAAAGCAGUUUGGCCGUCCCAUCAGCUCUUGGACCUGCCUGGUGGACCUGGAAGGUCUCAACAUGCGUCACCUGUGGCGGCCGGGGGUGAAGGCCCUGCUGCGGAUGAUUGAGGUGGUGGAGGACAAUUACCCCGAGACUCUGGGUCGGCUGCUCAUCGUGCGAGCCCCUCGUGUCUUCCCGGUGCUCUGGACGCUGAUCAGCCCCUUCAUCAAUGAGAACACCAGGCAGAAGUUUCUCAUCUACAGCGGUAGCAAUUACCAGGGCCCCGGAGGCCUUGUGGACUACCUGGAUAAAGAAGUGAUCCCUGACUUCCUCGGGGGAGAGUGUGUGUGCAAUGUCCCUGAAGGAGGGCUGGUCCCCAAGUCCCUCUAUCUGACAGAAGAGGAGCAGGGGCACACGGACCAGCUGCAGCAGUGGAGAGAGACCUACCAGUCGGCCAGCGUGCUCCGAGGGGCCCCCCAUGAGGUUGCAGUGGAGAUCCUGGAGGGGGAGUCAGUCAUCACCUGGGACUUUGACAUCCUGAGAGGGGACGUGGUGUUCAGCCUGUACCACAGCAAACAGAUGCCCAAGCUUGGCCCCCAGGAGCCCGGGGCCAGGGCUGGCGGGCAGCUGAUGGACAAAGGCUGGGUCCUAGGUGUGGAUUAUAGCCGUGUCGAAGCCCCUCUUGUCUGCCGGGAAGGGGAGAGCAUCCAGGGCUCCCAUGUGACCCGGUGGCCUGGCAUCUACUUGCUCCAGUGGCAAAUGCACAGCCCCCCUGGCAAUGUGGCCUGCAGCCUCCCAGGUGUGGAGGACGUCCUGACGGCCCUGCACAGCCCUGGCCCCAAGUGCAAACUCCUCUACUACUACGAGGUGCUGGCGUCUGAGGACUUCAGGGGCUCCAUGUCCAGCCUGGAAUCCUGCACCAGCGGCUUCUCCCAGCUCAGCACCACCACCUCCUCCUCUUCUGGCCAGUCCCACAGCAGCCCCCUGGUCUCCAGAUAG